UGAUAGACUGUCCCAUUUGGCCUGCACCCCGCCCACUUUCUACAGUGGGUCGGACCGACGAGGUGGGAGACUCCGGUGCAAGACACAGGCCUAUUAGAAAGAAUUAAGAAGAGGAAGAGGCCAUUGCCAGUAAGUAGGUGAAACUGAGCAAGUCAUCCAGCAUUCUGUUUCCUGGUUUUGCCUGCAAUUAUCUGUAGCUUUGUCUGGGUGGAGUUUCUACAAUACUUCUGCUUUCUGCUGAACUUACCUGAGUUCCGGGUCCUGUUCCAGGGUAAAACAUGGACUAUAAAGCUUAUAAUGUUGACCCAAAGCCACCGCUACCGAGAUAUUGAGAGGGAAGCAGUAUACCUCCAACCAGAGAAGUGUAUCCCUCCGCCUGCACAAGACUUCAUGGAUAAGGUGUGGUUCAUCAAGGACUGCUGUGGCAUUGCAUGUGCAGUAGUGACCUGGUUGCUGGUUUUCUAUGCUGAGUUUGUGGUCAUCUUUAUCAUGCUGUUACCUUCCAAGGAUGUGAUUUACAGUAUAAUCAAUGGGAUAAUCUUUAACAUACUGGCCUUUCUGGCUUUGGCAUCACAUUUUCGAGCCAUGAUUACUGAUCCUGGUGCUGUCCCCAAAGGAAAUGCUACAAAAGAAUUUAUUGAGAGCUUGCAGUUGAAGCCCGGACAAGUGGUUUAUAAAUGUCCAAAAUGCUGCAGCAUUAAACCUGACCGAGCGCAUCAUUGCAGUGUGUGUAAGAGAUGUAUUCGAAAGAUGGAUCAUCACUGCCCUUGGGUUAACAACUGUGUCGGAGAGAACAAUCAGAAAUUCUUUGUUUUGUUCACAAUGUACAUAUCUCUGAUUUCUUUGCAUGCCCUUUUAAUGGUGGCCUUACAUUUCCUAUAUUGCUUUGAAGAAGAUUGGACAAAAUGUAGUUCCUUUUCGCCUCCAACGACAGUCAUUUUGCUGAUCAUGCUUUGCUUUGAGGGCCUGCUUUUCCUUAUCUUCACUGCAGUGAUGUUUGGAACUCAAGUACAUUCCAUCUGCACAGAUGAAACGGGUAUAGAGCGUCUAAAAAAAGAAAAUCCCACUUGGGAGAAAACCAGCAGCUGGGCAGGUCUAAAGCAAGCUUUGGAGGGGAUUUCUCUCCAGGAUGGUUUAGUCCCUUCUCCCAUUCACUAUACCAACAGGUCCCUUCAGACAUGGAAUGUGCUAUGGUGUACGACAGCAAUGACUAUGUUACUGGUCACAUGGUUGGCCAUGUGGAAGUUAUUGAAGUGGGACAUGGAAAUGAAUAGCUGAUGGGAUGAAAAAAAGACGAAGAAAACAUUCUUAAACUAUAUUUUACAUUACAAUAAGUAGAACACCAAGUGCUCUUCUUACUGGGAUUAAUAAAAAAAACAAAUAACAGCUUAUUAACGUUAAAAUGGUAUAAAUGUUUUCAUUUUAUCCAUCAUUAAUUAUUCAGUUUUCCUACUGAAUCAGAUGUGCAUAAUUAUUGACUGAGAUAGUGUGGCCAAGAUUGCGGUUUAUGAUUUUGCUGUGGGUUACUUGUAAGUAGACAUGCACUAAUUAUACAUAAGCUAAAAAUACACAAGUACUGUAAAUAUUGUAGGUCAAUUCAGUUUGGCAACUCUGGCCUGAUGCUGCUCCAUGUAUGGACCCUGAACGAUCCUUGUUCAAUUUUAUGUUGAUUUGUUUGGCUGGGAAAUCUGAAGGGUUGAUGGUGGAUUAAUGUCAAGACCACCAUCCGAAACCUACACUUUUACAAGGGGCCCAGUACAAAUUAACAUAUGAGGCGUAUCAUAUGAUAUAUUGAAUACAAUUUAAGUUUAAGUAGUUCUGGCAUUUAUGAUAUUCCCUAGAUUCCUACCCAAUGAAAUAUACCCUGAUGAAUAUAACAGUAACGCUAGUAGUUUAGCUCCCUAGAUAUGGAAUGCUCACUCUCCUGUGCUGUGCUCUGCUUCUGUCCCUUUAAGCCCCAUCUACCUAAUAGGCCUUGCACAGUCAGGCUAUUUGCAUUCAUAGACACAAAUUAUAAGCACAUAUUAAAGGACAUGCUAACCUCAAAUAUAACUUUUUACCUAAUAAAAGAUACAAGCAACUUUCCAAUA